CCGUCGUCGCCUGCCGCUCGGCCAGCUACGCCGCCCCCGCCGCCGCCGCCUCCUCCGCAGAAGAGCGCGGUUCGCCAUGGCUUUCGCGACCCGUCCCUUCGUGCGCCUGGCGUCCACCGCAGCCGCCAAGAAGCUGGUGAUCAAGCAUGUGACGGUGGUCGGGGCCGGCCAGAUGGGCUCCGGGAUCGCCCAGAUUGCUGCAGCAGCUGGCCACACGGUGGUAUUAGUGGACCAGUCAGAUGAAAUAUUAAAUAAGUCCAAGAAACAAAUUGAGGAUAGUCUGAAUAAACUGUCAAAGAAAAAGUUUGCAGACAAACCCGAGGCUGGUGCAGAAUUUGUUGAGAAGGCCUUAAAGAAUGUGACCAUGAGCACGGAUCCUGUCUCUGUGGUCCACAGCACUGACCUGGUGGUGGAGGCCAUUUUGGAAAACAUAGCUCCCAAAACUGAGCUCUUCAAGACACUGGAUACGUUUGCGUCAGAGCACACAAUCUUUGCUAGCAAUACUUCAUCUUUGCCAGUCACGGUCUUAGCCAAUGCUACCACCCGGCAGGAUCGGUUUGGUGGUUUACAUUUUUUUAAUCCGGUGCCCCUGAUGAAGCUUGUGGAGGUUAUCAAGACACCAAUGACAAGCCAGAAGACUUUUGAGUCUCUCAUGGAUUUCAGCAGAGCAGUGGGGAAAAACCCAGUAUCUUGCAAGGACACUCCUGGAUUUAUUGUGAAUCGACUUCUUGUGCCUUACCUGAUGGAAGCAAUUCGGCUUUAUGAGAGGGGAGAUGCAUCAAAGGAAGAUAUUGACGUUGCCAUGAAACUUGGGGCAGGUUAUCCUAUGGGCCCAUUUGAACUCUUGGACUAUGUCGGCUUGGAUACCACUAAAUACAUUAUAGAUGGAUGGCAUUCACUGGAGCCAGACAAUCCUCUUUUUGCUCCAAGCCAACUUCUAAAUCAGUUGGUAGAGGAGAAGAAACUUGGAAAGAAGACUGGCGAAGGAUUUUACAAAUACAAAUGAACUUUAUAAUGUGCCGUGUUUUUCUGACACAUGUAAGGAUAACUGCUGAGCUUUUCCAUACAGUAUUUGUAAUAUUGCUUAAUCAGGGCCAUAAAAAACAGCCAGUGCUGUAUCUUGAUUAUAAAGGCUGAGCAAUUUAUUUCCACAGUGUGGUCUUAUGAUAUUUUAAAUUUUGGGAGCUUUACAUAUUCAAGUGCCUUUUUUGAAACUACCAUGGAUCUAAGUACAUCUCAGGUUUGUAAUCAUCCAUAAAAGCUAGUAAAAAUUUUAAUACAAAUAAAAUACUUCCAAUAUUA